UUUAUGUGUCCCAGAAAUAGAAGACUGAAAAAACGCACAGAAACCCUAACCUAGACAAAGCUUUCACCUGUUCAGCUAAAUCACUGCCGUAGACGACCUACCCCUCAUCCCACUUUCUGGUAACAUUCUACACAGGUUUACAUCGGUUAUUGAGGGAUACAUUUGCAUCAAGGAUGUCUAGUGCUGUUAUUUUUGAGGACAUUUUUGUGGUUGACAAACUUGAUCCAGAUGGUAAAAAGUUUGAUAAAGUUACUCGCAUUGAAUCUCGGAGCCAGAACUUGGACAUGUUCAUGCACUUAGAUGUGAACACAGAGAUAUAUCCAAUGAGGGAAGGCGAUAAAUUCACAAUGGCAUUGGCUCACACACUGAAUUUGGAUGGAACACCAGACACUGGCUAUUAUACUCAGGGAGGGAGGAAAACGCUUGCUGACAAAUAUGAAUAUGUCAUGCAUGGGAAACUAUACAAGAUUUCCGAGGAAGGUUCUGGCAAAGCAAUUAGAGCGGAGGUAUAUGUUUCAUAUGGUGGACUGCUAAUGAUGCUGAGGGGUGAUCCUUCUAAUGUCGCAAAGUUUGAGCUUGAUCAGAGGCUGUUUCUCCUUAUAAGGAAGUUGUAAAUUUGAUGUUGCAAUAUGACCAAUGUCUAUCUUAACCUAUUUGCUUGCAACUUCUUUGAAGUUAUGUUGUUAUCUUACCCUAGUGAAUGUCCUGGAUCUAGUAGUGGUAUUGUAUCGGACAUCUGCAGUGCGAAAUUGGGAUAGAUUUUCUGUUCUAUUUAUCAGUAUCUAGUAUUUUCCAAAAA